CUUUCUCCCCAUGAAAACCACUGGGUUAAACUAUUACUCUUUCUCUGGUGGCCCUAAAGGACUGCUACUCAUUUGGCCCAGAAGCUCCUUCCGCUGUCUCUUCCUGUUAACCCCAAGAAUUUCACUUUCACUUCUCAGCCAGCUCCUCGGGAGAAACUACUUCACGAAGACUGAGCCACUGUUUGCCACCCAGAAAUCUUUAAGCAAGAAGAACCUCAGGAGUUAGGACAGGAAGAAGCCAGGGAAGACGUGCUAUGGCUUUAAAAAUUCUGAAGAACACGCAGGAAGUGGUGACCUGCCCCAUCUGCCUAGAGCUUCUGACAGAAUCCCUGAGUCUAGGCUGUGGCCACAGCUUCUGUCAAGCCUGCAUCACUGCAAAGAACAAGGAGGCAGAAAUCAGCCCAGGAGGGGAAAGCAGCUGUCCUGUGUGUGGUAUCAGAUACUCACCUGGAAAUCUAUGGCCAAAUCAACAUCUGGCCAACAUAGUGGAGAGACUCAGAGAGGUCACGUUGAGCCCAGAGGAAGAGAAGAGAAAUCUCUGCAUGCGCCACGAGGAGAAACUCCUGCUCUUCUGUAAGGAGGAUAGAGAGGUCAUUUGUUGGCUUUGUGAACGGUCUCAGGAGCACCGUGGUCACCACACAUUCCUCAUGGAGGAGGCAGUCAAGGAAUGUCAGGAGAGGCUCCAAGUGGCUCUGGAGAGGCUCAAGAAAGAGCAGCAGGAAGCCGAGAAGUUGGAAGCUGACAUCAGAGAAGAGAGAACUACUUGGAAGUAUCAUAUACAGACUGAGAGACAAAGGAUACAAACAGAGUUUAAUCAGCUUAGAAGCAUCCUGGACAGUGAGGAGAAGAUAGAACUGCAAAAAUUGGAGGAAGAAGGAAAGAAGACACUGGAUAAGUUGGCUGAAGCUGAGGAUGAGCUGGUUCAGCAGAACCAGUUGGUGAAAGAGCUCAUCUCAGAUCUGGAGCGUCGCAGUAAAUGGUCAACAAUGGAGAUGCUGCAGGACAUGAGUGGAAUCAUGAAAUGGAGUGAGAUCUGGAAGCUGAAGAAGCCAAAAACUACUUCCAAGAAACUGAAGAGUGUGUUCCGUGCUCCAGAUCUGAGGGGAAUGCUGCACAUGUUUAGAGAGCUAACACAUGUCCAGUGCCACUGGGUGGAUAUCAUACUGAGUCCAGUCAACCUAAAUUUGAAUCUUGUACUUUCAGAAGAUCAGAGACAAGUUAUGUCUGUGCCAAUUUGGCCUGUUGAGUAUUAUAAUUAUGGUGUCUUGGGCUCCCGAUAUUUCUCCUCAGGGAAACAUUACUGGGAAAUAGAUGUGUCCAAGAAGACUGCCUGGAUCCUAGGGGUAUACUGUAGAACAUGUUACCGUAAUACAAAGUUUGAUGUUAGGCGAGCCACAAAUCAUCAAAAUGUUUACUCCAGAUACAGACCUCAAUAUGGCUACUGGGUUAUAGGAUUACAGAAUGAAUCGGAGUACAAUGCCUUUGAAGACUCUACCACCUCUGAUCCCAAGGUGUUGACUCUUUCCAUGGCUGUUCCUCCCCAUCGUGUUGGAGUUUUCCUAGACUAUGAAGCAGGCACUGUCUCAUUUUUCAAUGUCACAAACCAUGGGUCACUUAUCUACAAGUUCUCUAAAUGUCACUUUUCUCAGAUAGCUUAUCCAUAUUUCAAUCCUUGGAACUGUCCAGCUCCCCUGACACUGUGCCCACCGAGCUUCUGAACCUUCUGUUUUCCUCACCCACUUCUUGUAGUGCCCCUUGUCCUUGGUUUCGUGUCUAUAAUUUAGCUCAUCUGCACCAUCUUUUCCUUGUUGUUUCCUUUUUAACUUUAGAACUUUUACUCAUCCUUGGGAUGUACAGUGUAUCUAGUUAGAGUUAGGAGAGAUGCUUAUUUACCACUUACCCUUUUUUUGUGUUCUCAAUCCCUCCUAAAGACAGAGCAGUAUUGAUACAACAUGUUUUCCCUCCCAUAUCUCCAUAUUUUCCUUUAUUUCUGAUCUGAGGAGACACUGGAAAGCCUCUCUGCCACCCUCCACGUUAUCUAGGACAGUCCAUAAUCACCUCCCACCCACCAACAACGACUAAGGAGUCUUUGAGUGUAUGUUUGUUUGUUGCCUAUGAUACAGCAGUUCCAUCAGAGAGUCAAUGAAAGGAAAACAUAAGCCAUACAUGUACCCACAGUGAAGAUUUUAUGUUCAGAGUGUUUGAUUUCAAAUCUUGUCUCUUCUUUUACAAGACCUGUAAUAAUAAAUAAAUUCUGGGUUUCUUUUUUAUAAAAUACAAGUUAGGAUUUAAAACUCCACCUAACUCUUAGAUUGUUGUGUAGAACUAAGUGUCAUUCAAUGUAAAACAGCUAUUUAAGUGUCCUGCACAAUAUAAUAAAUAUUUUCCCUCAUGAUUACUGAAAAGUAUAAGCUGUGUCAGUGUCCUGUGCAACAGAUUUGUGCUGUUAGAGGAGGAAUAAUUGAUUCUACUGAAGUCUCAUUUCUCAAGUUCCCAGACUCCACUGUCAAGACCACUCCAGUUCCAGUCUUGUUCUCUAGAACUUUUUAUCCUAAAGCUUAAGGCCCUUUAUUGGAAGUGGGUCAGAAAACUGCAGAAGUGUGAGUUUCCAAAAUCUGUCCAGCAGAGGAAGCUAUAUCUAGGGACAGCUACUCUUAUAGGAGACUGGCUUUUGGUGUUCAGGCCUUUUCUUUGUGGUAAAACACUUGAGUAUACACCGCAUAUAAAAUAUUAUGAGCUUCUCUUUUCUUUUUUAAUGAGUUUCAUAUGCAGGAUGACGAAUAGACUUACCCAGGAUAGCAAAGGUACAAACUUUCUUAGAGGAGUAAACUAGGGCAAACUAGGCAAACUGUUUCCCAAAGCCCACAUCAAGAUAUAGCGAGGUAAUAACUUGUCCCAGGGAAAUGAAAAAAGAAAGUACUUGGCCUGAGAAUUGUAUAUAUAUACACACUCAUACUUAAGCACACACACACACAUAUAUAUAAUUAUGUGUGUAAAUAUAUAUACAUAGAGUAUCUUUAUCCCAGUUAAUCUUUAAACAUAUGAAGAAGGAAUUCCUAUCAGAUAUUUAAAAGAAUGUAUAAACUUAUGAGAUAUUCCCCAAUGUCCCAUGGCUAAUGAAAGGAGGUGGCAGGAUUAGAGCUAGGUCUGGGUUUCUCCCAUACAGGUGUUCUCUCUGCAGUAUAACCCCAAGAAAAGGUAGAAGCCAGAUUCCCUAGGAUGUGGGGUAGGAGAGAGAACCCACAGGAUGCUGAUCUACAGAAGGACCUGGGAGCAUCAUGGGAAAAUCUUGGGUUUCAGGAAAUAGAGCUUGAUAUGCUCAAUCUAUGUAGCCAUUAAUGAAGCAGCAGCAGGUCAUGGUAAUGGCUAAAACUAAGUUGAGCUACUUCAUGACCAGGGUGCUCCUGCAGGUGACAUGAUGUAGAGGGUGUACACUGUGGACAGUUGAUAGCCUGGACUUUGGAAUCAGAUAGAAUUUCAUUAUCAUAGUGAUGUUGCUAAUUACUGGCCUUUACUAAAUAAAAUUUAAUUGGAUUCAGUUUAUCAUCAGAAAUAAAUAUACUAAGACUCAUGUGAUAGAGAUAUUGUGGGAAUUAAAUAAUAAAAUGCUUAUAUAGCUUCCUCAUUUCCUAGCAUAUAAGCACUGAUCCAGAUUGGUGUUGAUUAAUUUUCUCUGUUUUUUGAAACAAUUAAUGUUAAGAAUUAAUAUUCAUCUUCUUUAAAUAUUAGUACCUUUGCUUGCCUUUGAAAUAGAAAAACAUGAUUAAAGAAUCACGGAUCAUUUCUUAAUGUCAUCUUUUUGCAUAAUAAAUAUUUCUUUUUUAAAAAUCUUUGAAUAUAUUUAUUUCAACUUACAGAUAAUUAUCUAAGUACAAAAUGACAUUUUUUUCUACAAACAUUCUUUUUGACUUUGCUAUUUAAUAGUCUGAUAUCGAUCAGUCUUCUUUAAAUUGUGGUAAGGACACUUAACAUGAGAUCUAAUGUCUUAACAAAUUUUUAAGGAGUUGCUAUUCAACAGAUAUAACGUUUCAGUUAUGCAAUGUAAAUAAGUUCUAGAUGUCUACUGUAUAACAUUCUGCCUAUACAGAUAUGCGUUGCUUAAGGAGGCGUAUAUUUUCUGAUCAACGGGUCGUUAAGCGAUUUCAUCUUUGUGCAAACAUCAUAGAGUGUACUUACACAAACCUAGAUGGUAUUGCCUACUGCACACCUAGGCUAUAUGGUACUAAUCUUAUGGGACAACUGUUGUAUAUGCGGUUCAUCAUUGACUGAAAUGUCAUUAUGCAGUGCAUGACUGUAAAUAAUAAUGCUGUAUUGUGCACAUAAAAAAUAUUUCUUCAUUAUAAAAGAAAGUUUUACCUUCUUCAAAGCUACUUAGUCUGUUUUUAUUUUAAUUACUGGAAGGGCCUCUUUAAUCUAA